AGUGACUUGUUGUGUUUCAACCGUUUUAUAACCCACCUUUUGUCAAAGCCUAUCUAAGCACAUAUGGCUUGCUCUGCUUUUGUGCAAGACAAUGUUGAUCGCCUCCUUCGAGAAUGGUCUUUUCACGCUUCGAAGGCAGAUGGCGUUGACAUCGCUACAUUUAUAAACACCCGGUUUCGCGAAGUAUCCCUUUCAAAGCAUUCACAUCUGACAUUUAUCCGACCUAUCACAACCAUCUCUCUGCCUCUUGAUAUCCCUUUAUAACUUCUUGCUGCCAUGAGACUCCGCAACUGGAAGGAAACCGUCGAGCCCACUAUCGAAGACACUUUGCUUGACGUCCACCCCCACUUCAUCGAUGAGCCUUUCCCAUGGGUGUUUCACAAUGGCAAUGCUGCAUGGGUCAAAGUUGAUGGGAAAUGGGUUUGCGGCGUGAUUGUCACAUUUGAAAGGUAUCAUUUCGAUGAAAGGAACAUCUGGCGCGUUUACCUCGUGCGUUGGGGCGGUCGCCGAAAGGACCAUCACCAGGCUUCUUUCAUGACGGGCGAUGGAAAUAUUAAACCGGACUCGCCCGAAGUGAGAGAGCUGCUGAGGAAAGAAGGCGUAUUCAUAUGAUCGCUUAGAUCUACUUACCGUCGCCAUCGAGCAUAUCCAGAGUUUACAAUCACAUCUACCAUAUGAUAUACUGCCCAAUGCAUUUAAUUUUGUUAUCGCACACCAGGCUAGCUUUACUUCUUUUAUCACAUGAAUGUCAUAUUUUACAGUGUU